UUCCGUUAUUCUUAGGUUUUUUUUUUUUUUGCCGCCGUUAUUGUGCGACAGUGUGUUAUCUAGCUGUUUUGUAUUAGUAUUGCUAUUCUUUUAUUCUUCUGUGAAACUACUUGUUUCCCAGGACAUUUGUUCAAGUUUUGAAGCUGCUGCCAUGUCGUACAACUACGUAGUAACGGCGCAAAAACCCACAGCCGUGAAUGCCUGCGUGACAGGUCAUUUUACCUCAGCAGAGGACCUGAACCUACUUAUUGCCAAGAAUACUCGUCUUGAGAUCUACGUUGUCACAGCAGAAGGACUCCGCCCUGUGAAAGAAGUUGGCAUGUAUGGGAAGAUUGCUGUCAUGGAGCUUUUCAGGCCGAAGGGGGAAAGCAAGGAUCUGCUGUUCAUCCUGACAGCGAAGUACAACGCCUGUAUUUUGGAGUACAAGCAGAGUGGUGACCACAUAGACAUAAUCACUCGUGCCCAUGGGAAUGUUCAGGAUCGCAUUGGGCGUCCCUCAGAGACUGGUAUUAUUGGCAUUAUUGACCCAGAGUGCCGAAUGAUUGGGUUACGUCUUUAUGAUGGGUUGUUUAAGGUCAUUCCCUUGGAUAGGGAUAACAAAGAGUUGAAGGCGUUUAACAUCCGCCUGGAGGAGCUACAAGUGAUUGAUGUUAAAUUCCUCUUUGGGUGCCAGGUUCCCACAAUCUGCUUUGUUUAUCAGGAUCCUCAAGGGCGCCACGUGAAGACUUAUGAAGUUUCACUGCGAGAGAAGGAGUUUAGUAAGGGCCCUUGGAAACAAGAAAAUGUAGAGGCAGAGGCAUCCAUGGUCAUAGCGGUUCCAGAACCUUUUGGUGGAGCCAUUAUAAUUGGUCAAGAAUCAAUUACCUAUCACAAUGGAGAUAAAUACUUGGCCAUUGCCCCACCUAUUAUUAAGCAAAGCACAAUUGUCUGCCACAAUCGAGUGGAUCCAAAUGGGUCACGAUAUUUAUUGGGAGACAUGGAAGGAAGACUUUUCAUGUUGCUACUUGAAACUGAGGAACUGAUGGAUGGGAUAGUUACACUUAAGGAUCUGCGUGUAGAGCUGCUGGGAGAGACCUCAAUUGCAGAAUGUCUGACGUACCUAGAUAAUGGUGUUGUGUUUGUUGGCUCUCGACUUGGGGACUCCCAGCUUGUCAAACUGAAUGUGGAUAGCAACGAGCAAGGUUCAUAUGUCCUUGGUAUGGAGACGUUUACCAAUUUGGGUCCGAUUGUUGAUAUGUGUGUGGUGGAUCUUGAAAGACAAGGACAGGGACAGCUUGUUACCUGCUCAGGUGCCUUUAAGGAGGGUUCUUUGAGAAUCAUUCGAAAUGGGAUUGGGAUUCAUGAACAUGCCAGCAUUGACCUACCUGGAAUCAAAGGGCUCUGGCCACUUAGGUCUGAUGUGGCUCGAGAUACAGAUGAUAUGCUGGUGCUUUCCUUUGUUGGGCAAACUCGAGUCUUGAUGUUAAAUGGAGAAGAAGUUGAAGAGACUGAAUUGCCUGGUUUUGUUGAUGACCAGCAAACGUUCUUCUGUGGUAAUGUAGCCCAUCACCAACUCAUUCAGAUUACCUCAGCAUCAGUGCGCCUUGUUAGCCAGGAGCCCAAAUCCUUGCUGAGUGAGUGGAAAGAACCUAAUGGCAAAAAUAUAAGCGUAGCUUCUUGUAACAGUAGUCAGGUGGUGGUUGCAGUUGGCAGAGUACUGUAUUACUUGGAGAUACAUCCGCGAGAGCUCAAACAAAUAAGCUUUACAGAAAUGGAGCAUGAAGUAGCAUGUUUGGAUAUUACACCUUUGGGUGAAAGCAAUGGCAUGUCUCCUCUGUGUGCUGUUGGACUUUGGACUGACAUAUCUGCUCGCAUAUUGAAACUUCCUACCUUUGAGAUGCUGCACAAGGAGAUGUUGGGGGGUGAGAUUAUUCCACGCUCCAUUCUUAUGACCACAUUUGAAGGCAGCCAUUACCUGCUGUGUGCAUUGGGAGAUGGAGCCCUCUUCUAUUUUGGAUUAGAUGUCGAAUCAGGUUUGUUAAGUGACCGCAAGAAAGUGACCCUUGGUACUCAACCUACAGUCCUGCGCACAUUCCGCUCAUUAUCAACUACUAACGUCUUUGCUUGCUCUGAUCGUCCUACUGUUAUCUACAGUAGCAACCAUAAGCUGGUUUUCUCCAACGUUAAUUUGAAAGAAGUCAACUACAUGUGCCCUCUUAACUCUGAGGGCUACCCAGACAGUCUUGCUUUGGCAAACAACAGCACUCUGACCAUUGGAACCAUUGAUGAGAUCCAGAAGUUGCACAUUCGUACAGUACCGCUUUAUGAGUCUCCAAGGAAGAUCUGCUAUCAGGAGGUUUCUCAGUGUUUUGGAGUGUUGUCCAGUCGUGUUGAAGUGCAAGAUGCCAGUGGGGGUACCACCGUGCUGCGACCUAGUGCUAGUACGCAGGCUCUCUCCAGCAGUGUGAGCUCAAGUAAGCUGUUCCCCAGCAGCACCUCUCCUCAUGAGACAUCUUUUGGAGAUGAAGUUGAAGUUCAUAACCUGUUGAUCAUUGACCAGCACACAUUUGAAGUGUUGCAUGCCCACCAGUUCUUGCAGAAUGAGUAUGCUCUCAGCUUAGUCUCCUGUAAACUUGGAAAAGACCCUAAUACAUACUUUGUUGUUGGUACUGCCAUGGUCUAUCCAGAAGAGACGGAACCCAAGCAGGGGAGAAUUGUCGUAUUCCAGUACUUAGAUGGAAAGCUACAGACUAUAGCAGAGAAAGAAGUGAAAGGUGCAGUAUAUUCAAUGGUGGAAUUCAAUGGAAAAUUACUUGCUAGCAUCAACAGUACUGUUAGGCUUUAUGAAUGGACAGCGGAGAAGGAGCUGCGGACAGAAUGCAAUCACUACAACAACAUUAUGGCGCUUUAUCUGAAAACAAAAGGAGACUUCAUCUUAGUGGGAGACCUGAUGAGAUCAGUGCUGUUGCUUGCCUAUAAACCCAUGGAAGGAAACUUUGAGGAGAUUGCCCGGGACUUUAACCCAAAUUGGAUGAGUGCUGUGGAAAUUCUAGAUGAUGACAACUUCUUGGGAGCAGAGAAUGCUUUUAACCUUUUUGUGUGUCAGAAAGACAGUGCUGCCACCACUGACGAGGAACGACAACAUUUGCAAGAAGUAGGUUUAUUUCAUCUAGGAGAGUUUGUAAACGUUUUCUGUCAUGGAUCACUGGUAAUGCAGAAUCUUGGAGAGACAUCCACACCAACACAGGGUUCUGUGCUCUUUGGCACUGUCAAUGGAAUGAUUGGGUUGGUGACCUCACUUUCAGAGAGCUGGUACAAUCUUCUAUUGGAUCUUCAAAGUAGACUCAAUAAAGUCAUCAAAAGUGUUGGCAAGAUUGAACACUCCUUUUGGAGAUCAUUUCAUACAGAAAGGAAGACUGAACCAGCUACUGGUUUCAUUGAUGGUGACCUGAUAGAAAGCUUCUUGGACAUCAGUCGGGCCAAGAUGCAAGAAGUGGUAGCAGGAUUACUGAUUGAUGAUGGAAGUGGAAUGAAGAGGGAGGCCACAGUAGAUGACUUGAUAAAAAUUGUGGAAGAGCUGACAAGAAUCCAUUAAAGACUGCAGUAUUAUAGGGGCUUCUUAGCUCUCAUUUGCUAGCUGAAAUACCCUAUUAGUUCCUUAAAAUAAUCUGGAAUACAGAAGCAGCUGUGACUAAGAUGAGUUUACUCUUGGGGAAACUGACUGCAUGUGCUGAGACCCCCUGAUCAGCAGGAAGUAUGGCACUACUUUGAAGGGGGUGCUCUGCAAGUGACUUUUUGGCUGCCUUUCCUUCACCUUACAACAAAGAGAGACUAGAUUACUUCUAGGUGGAAGAAAAGAUGCCACCAAGUGUUGCGGUUUCUGAUGACUAUUUCUGAUUGUGCUCAUAUUCUGUACAGUGUUGUGUCAAAUGGCUUACUUGCUGCAGAAUUUAAACCUUUACUGGGCUGAGUUCAUACCACACGGUAGCACAUUUUUCCUGUGCUGUCUACUGGUUUUCAAAUGUAAGCCAUUUAAUUUUGUUGUUGAACUGAGUGUUUUAGUAAUUCACGUUUCAGAAUGAAUUGAAUCCUAAGAGUUAAAGUAAAAUGAUGAUUUUCAUCAUCCUUGUCUGUUUUAGAAUGGGUUGGGAUCAUGGACAGUGUUUGAGUUCAGGAUGAAGGGUCAUCCCAUUAGUUUUGUUUGAAGCAUCUAUUAGUCAUGAUACCCAUAUUUCACCUUUUCACUUAGUUACAUAUUCAGAAAAGCCUUUUACAUUGCUGAGUGAAAUAGAUUUUUUUUUCUGUUUCAAAAUAAUGUAAGACAGAAGUUAAGCUUUGUGGUGCUCCUUAAAUCUGCCAUCAUUAACCUUGAAUGAACAGUUUUAGCACUGUUUUUGGGAUCUUGGUAGAACAAUUUUUCUGCUCUCCACCCUGCUGAUCAACUUAGCAUGACUCGGCUAAGGCAUUCUGGUCCUAUUUUUCUCUGUUUGUUUUAUCAAAUAAAGACAGAAAAGUA